AUGGAAGUUCAUGGAGAUCCAGGGAAUACGCCCACAAAAAUGAUCAAGGCAUCGAUUUUGAUGGAUGCGAGAGACCAGAUGUUGCGGUAUAUCACCAUAAAUUCCCCAACCCAUUAUGGCGACAUGGGGCAAGUACACUCUCUAAUCCAUGAUAAAAAGGCAGAAGGCGCCAGAACAAGAGAUGCUGUUCCUUUAAGUCUAUUCGAGAAAAACCUUCUCUCACGUCUAUGUAAUACCUCUUCUGCUUCUGGAUUUCCAAAAAUUAUCGCAAUGGUCUACAAUGAAGCCCGGGAAUAUAUCGAGGUUUACACCAAGCUUAUGAAUACCAACGAUACUAAUGCUGAUGUGGAUAUGAAGAAAGUUAUCUAA